CCGAUUCAAUCUUCUCAGGUGAGUUUGGGGGUUACAUAGUUGCAUUCAAUGCCUGUAAACGCAGAAUGAAGGUCAAACAGAGAUCUACCUGUCAGACAUGUAGAACACGCAAACUAGGGUGCGAUGGAAAGCGCCCAGGAUGCAGCCAGUGCAUUCUGACCGGACGGGAAUGCGACGGUUAUGCAUCUGAGUGGACGUUUGUGCCACAGAACACUCGUUUCGAAAAGGCUUCCAGCCGGGAGUUGCAGAGAGUCGCGGCGACAUCGACUCCAAAUGAUUAUGAAAGGAGAUUGCCUGCCACUCAUCCUCCUGAAGCUCAUCAAUCUACUAUUGAUGCCGUCCAGCAUGGAGAUUUACUAUCCCCGAGCCACGUCCCGCUUCCUGCGUUAGCUCUUGAUCAGUCAAACUGGGACAAUCUGAUCGGAUUGGUCAUAACGAGCUAUAUUCCGGAGAAUGAAUUGCCUUUCAUCUGUGACAAUUCCGACAAUAGUCGAUAUCGCAUAUGUGGCUCUUGGAUGGAAGUCCUACCUGAGCUAACCGCCCAAACACAUCAGGACUGUAUCUUGCGGCCGGCCAUGAAGGCUUUGGCUACUUCUAUUCUAGCUUCGACUUCCCAUGAGAAUCCUUCCCACCUCGACCCAACUCAACACUAUUACGCGGCAAUUCGCGCUCUACGGAUUGGAAUCGUUGCAAGGGACUCCGCUUCUCAUGCCGAGUUCGCUGCCUCUAUUAUGUGUCUCAGUCUAACAGAGGUCAUGUUUCGGGAUUCUGCGGCUGGCCUGAGUACCCAUAUCAAAGGCGUAUCACAACUACUCCAGACCCGAGGCCCGGAACAAUAUAAAACUGGCGUCCUCCACAAACUGUUCGUGGGAUUUAGACCUUUGCUGAUAACUGAAGCUUUUCGAAGUCGCCAACCGACCAUUCUUGCUUCAGAGGAAUGGAUCCAAUUACCAUUUUCGAUCUACAGCCCUUCCCUCAUGCAUACUCUCCUCAAUAAAGUGGCCAUCGUUCCGACUUAUCUGCACCAGAUCGAUCAAAUGUCGGAAAAUCCAAGUCAAACUGAUCCUUCUACGAUAACUACUUUGUUUAGCUCUCUCGCCGACAUACUCGUUGGCCUUGAAAAUUGGGAAAUAUCUCUACCGCGCCAAACUGGUGGACCUUGCUACUGGCCGCAUGUCACGGCUUCACAACCGAAGGAGAGACCUCCACAACCCCAAGCCACCGCUCUCUGGUUCCCCAACGUUACCAUGGCGAAUGUCUUCACCCACAUGUGGACCUUUAGGAUCAUCUGUAUGACCGAGCUCGAGAAAUUGGCAUUAUUGUUUCCCUGGUUGAUUCUCGGAGAAAUGUCAUUGACAAACCAGUGCCACCUCCACCAUAUCCAGGACCACACCUUAGCACUUUCGGACCAGAUCUGUUCAAGCAUGGAGUAUCUAUUGCAGGAUGAGAUGAAGCUUUUUGGGCCUGCAUCUACGUUUGUCCCUCUGAAAACCGUGUAUCACAAGUUUAAGAUGGAUGGGUCACGGCAGAUGAAUAUUGUCGCUCGCUGCGAGGCGAUUGUAAAGCGGUUGGUUGAUAAGGGGUUGUUGUCAGCUCCGAUCAUUGUGUUCGGAGGGUAGGGGUUAUGCGGAUGGCGUAGACAAACAAUUUUUGAAAAUUCGCCUAUAAAUAUAUACACCCAGCAUCUCAGCACAACGUUGGAGUAUGAGUAAGUCUCUCUCUCUAUCCUGGUUAUACUACACAGUUCCUUUGUUCAGCAUCAUCCACGCUUUUCUGCCA